UAGAGGGGAGGGCAAACUGAGCCUAUAAAUGACCCAUCGCUUCUUUUAAAACAACAUUUCAUAUGUCACUGCUGCAGUCUCGCUCUGUAUGGAAAAAUUGUCUCAGCUCACGAAACUGCUUGCGAAAUCAAUAAAACCUGGACAUUUCUUUUAAUUUUGCAGCCAAGGCUGAACACAUUUUGAAAACAGCUAAAUAAAGCAGAGAAACAUAUAAGGCAUACUCGACUGUGGAUGAUCUUGGCGUCUGUUUAGGCUGAUCUAAAGCAGCCAUGGAUCCGAUUAUUGAAGUCGUUGCUUUAUGUCUUGGCUUUUUCGGUUGGAUAAUGGUUGGCGUCGCAAUUCCGAACCGUUACUGGAAAGUGUCGUCUAUAGAUGGGACUGUGAUCACCACAUCAACCCUUUAUGAGAACCUGUGGAUGUCCUGCGCCACGGACUCGACUGGAGUGCACAACUGCCGUGAAUUCCCUUCUCUACUCGCCCUGUCUGGUUAUAUCCAGGCGUCUCGGGCUCUCAUGAUCGCGGCAGUGGUGUGUGGCACAUUCGGCGUGGUGGCCACUCUCAUCGGCAUGCAGUGUUCGAAGGCCGCUGGUGACAACGAAGUACUGAAAGGCAGAAUCGCCGGUAUCGGAGGCGCAUUUUUCCUGCUGCAGGGUUUCUGCACGAUGAUAUCAGUAUCAUGGUACGCGGCCAACAUCACUCAGGUGUUCUUCGACCCGUUGUAUCCUGGCCAAAAGUAUGAGAUUGGAGAGGGUUUAUACAUCGGCUGGGCCUCCGGUGUUCUUGCCAUCUGUGGUGGAUCUUGUCUCAUGUGCUCCUGCAAAUUAGGCAAAAAGGAAAAGACUGGUUACUACCAGCCCACCCGUGAAACCAUUUACUCAGCGUCCGCAUCCAGGAGAGACGGUCAGAGCACUUAUGGAAGAAAUGCCUAUGUCUGAAUGAAGCAAUUCUGGUCAAUUUCAUGGCCAAACAAAUGUAACGUUAAUAGUCGACUGUUAAUAUUCUGUCUAGUGAUGGUUUAUCAGUGCAAUUAUGUAAAUAUUUUUACAGUCCUAAACGCACAGGUGGUUUUGUGGCCACCUAGGAAAAAGUCAUUAAUCAAGUAAAAUGUUACUGUGUCGGUUUUGCUGUGCAAAAACACCUCAGAGAACAUUAUACAGAAUGAAAGAGUUGAAAUUGAUUUUGUUCCCGUUACAUAAAUCAAGAUUUUAAAAGAAGAUUUGUAUGUUAAUUAUCUUGUCUCCAUUUAUUUGUACAAAUGACCCUGUUUUAUAUAAUGUGUUUUAUACAAAUAUUGAACAAACAUGACAUGCCAUUAUGUAUUUGGCCAUAUUUUGUGGUUUGACCCCAACUCACACUAACUACAAUAAUACAGCAUGUCAUAUUUUAUUGUAUUCUCCAUUCUUACAACACUGUACACUAUUUAAUAAAAUACUGUAUUAUUUUA